CUCACCCAGUCCCUUGCAUCUCGCUGCUCUGAGCGGGCCCGUUUGAAUGCACCACGGUGGACGGGCGGGCUACGCCACAACGUGUUCUGAUCAGCGCUCUGCCCUAUAGCGCCGCCGACAACUGCAAUGAACGCUGCUAGUGCGGCCCUGGCCAUGGCUGUCAACUGCCUCACAGACAUGGCCCUUCUUGAGCAGCAGCAGCACCACGACUUCACGUGCUAUACAUCGCUGCACCUCCAACACGAACAGAUGAAGCCUCAAUCGUACGGGAUGCCUCUGUCAGACGGAUGCCCAACACCGGUGUCAAGCCCAGCGACUCUGCCCCCCUGCUCGCCCGACUCCGAGAGCCCCGCGAGCCUCACGGAGCUCUGUCCAGUAUCUCGGGCUGGUGUGGGCGCACACCUCGACUCCGUGCUGCCGUUCCGGGGGCCCACAAGGGAUGAAGGCGAGUCUGACGAAUUCGACUCGGAUGCUGAGAAUGGAAGCGAAUAUUCCUCUCAAGACUGCAAUAGCACUUCGCCCUUCGGGAAAGGGUCGAGCAGCAAGAGAAAACCAUCGGACAAGGCUCCGCCGACCCAGGUUGUUCUCAAAAAGAGGCGGCUGGCCGCCAACGCUCGAGAACGACGCCGAAUGCACUCGUUGAACGUUGCUUUCGACAGGUUAAGGGAGGUGGUGCCGUCACUGGGAAACGACCGAAAGCUCUCCAAGUUCGAAACGCUCCAGAUGGCGCAGAGCUACAUCAAUGCACUCAGCGAACUGCUCCUCAGACAGUGACGUCGCUCAUCCAGGCCGCGCACCUGACAUUUCCACGGUAUCCACUCCUCUCUGUUAUUGAAAGUGCCAAUGUAGCUGCUGCGCACAUGGUGCAAACCCACAUGUGCGCAGGAGCUUCUGGCCUGGGCAUGCUGGAAAAGGUAUGCGGUCAUGAAGGGACUCGGAACAAUUUGUUGCGAACUGACUGCCGUCUUCGGCGACAGUGCAUCACGCCUUUGCAUGUGGGAAUUGACUUUUUUCUGUUGUCGUGACUGGAGUCAACCCCUGCUGUUAUCAGUAUUGUUAAAUUGAGUCGCGUCAUGUUUUAUAUAUGCAGAGGUGUGUAGCAAAGCGAACUCAACUGCAGUCAAAAGGAAGAAUGUAGCAUGCCGCGUACAUAUUACACGUCCCAGUGUUAUUUUACUUGUUUUGCACGUAGCCAUGCACUAAUAUCUUGCACUAUUGUUUGGGAACCUGCAUCAAAAGCUCUUAAUGUUUACGGAAAGUCAGUAGUUUCGUCAAUGUCCAUGGUUAUAUCACAUCGGAUAAUACUCAUGCGCUCAGCGUAUGUGCCACUAUGCCAACAUUCCAAAAUACCACAGCUACCUCCACAACAAGGCCAAAAUCAAUUAUGUCAGGGAUUUAUGAAACGGAUAGUAUUAUUCACUUGUUCUGAUGCUUGCCAAAUGUACCCUUGCAUUCCGAUAUUUCCAAAUCAUCUCAAUCGUUUAUUCAUUUGCCUUGCGUUGUGUUAGUUCUUAUACAGCCAAGAUUUCCAGUAUUUUUUUGUUUGUUCCGUCCAAACCCUCUCAUCUACAGGCUUUUGUUGACAUUUUUGUUAAUGCUUCCGAGUGGCAUUGUAUAUUGCAGACUACAUUACGUCGUGUUGUCCGGUUACGCCGGUCAGAACUGCCAAGUGAAGAACCAUAGAGCUGCUCAGUAUUUUCAAAGCCUGAGCGCAUCAAACUAGUCCCUAUACUUGCGGUUCUAUAAGGUUUUACGAGGCAUUCCCAUCUUCGAUGAUACCUAUAGAGAUUCUUUACGGUGCCGAAGGUGCACGCAAAAUGUGCCAUAGAUAACGGCGCAGACUUUGCUCAAGCUUUGUGUGUGUUUUGUGUCAACCUCUUAGUGCCAAAGCGUUGUUUUAUGCCACAGCGCUGUCUAAAGUUUCACACUGCCUUCGAAUUGCAGCCUAUUUUGACGUCGCGUGGCAUUUGCAUGUUACUGUUGUAAAAUAUUUCGCUCUCUUAUACUUUUGUGCCUUAUACACAUUUACGAAGUUGGA